ACGAAAUUUCGGUGCAUUGGACGAGGAGCCUGCGGGAGUGUUUGGGGCGAGGGCGAGGUAGGGACGCCGGCUGAUAUGCAAAUCGCAGUCAAAAGAGAAGAUGGUCACUCCUCUCGGUCGGUCGAGAACGACAUCAAUAUGCACCGUCGCGUCUUUCCCGGCUUCGAGAAUUUAUCGGUUCGCAUCACCACCCCCUUCGACCUGAUCGCGCCGCGUGAGGGGAAUCCCUACGCCGACAGAUUUCCCGACGGCUUCUCUUCAGCAUGUCGGAUGAUUACGACGGAGCGAAUACCCGCGUUCCCUCGAGACGUCCGCGAAAUGCUGAUUGAUCGAUACUGCCCAGCCAAACUCCAGGAUUUUGUCAAAGGAAACCGAGACGACGAGGACUGCCUGGUACGGCCCUAUCUCGGGCGUCGCCGCAGAGUUGGUGGCACAGAAUCCAGAUUCCAACGAUUCAGCUUGCGGAACUACGCUCUACACGUUGACCAAAUGGAGGAGCUAUCUCUUAACACUCCGGCGUACGCUCGAGCAAUGGCCGAUGCCCUGGCUGAGAUGCACUGGCGAGCGAAGGUAGACGCAAACGAUGUUGAGUUUGUUCUUGCACCUCCUCGUAGACUCCCGGACCAGAGAGCUGCCUCAUUCGAAUCAGAUUGCCUCGGCCAGCACUAUCUAUGGCUGCUCGAUUUCGACUGCUGCCUGGAUAUGUCGAUGGACGAGAAGGGUAUCGACCAGGCCGUGCAGGCUUUCUUCAGGAACGAUUUAUAUUACCCUCGACCGUAUGGACGUACCCCACAGGAUCGUCAUCUCUGGGAGGUGUUUUCGGCGCGAUUUCUGGAGAGAAGCAAACCUAUCCGGGACGAUGACCUGCCUGCAAUGUUCAUACGGAAAAUUGAG